AUGGCUGAAGCGAAACUAAGGGUCGGGUGUCGUGUUGAAGUAACAGGGAAAGACGUUUUUGGGACCGUUGCUUUUGUUGGAGCAACACAAUUCUCACCAGGAAAAUGGGUGGGUGUAAUACUAGACGAGCCCAAAGGGAAGAACAACGGCACGGUCCAGGGGAAACGCUACUUUACAUGUGAGGAAAAUUUUGGGAUAUUUGUGCGCCCAUCUCAGCUUACUCUUCUAGAUGGUCCAGAAGGAUCAAACGUAAUGGAGUUAUCCACAUCUAGCGUUGUUUCCGAAUCAGGUGCCACUUCAGAAUCAAGUGAAGCUGCAAAACUUUCUGGUUCGGCAUCUUCGUUAUCUGUAGGACUGAAAACUCCUGAGACAGUUAAAGGACGGACUUCAAAGUUACCCGGUCUCAAACGUUCUCCUCUAGCUAGUUCUACUUCAUCUGUGAAGGAUAAGGCUAGUGUACCUGCCUCAACUAGUAGACUUCCAUCAGAAAUUAAAAAGGCAUCGCAACCUACAUCAAGACGAUCUAGUUUGCUUCCACCAACUGGAUCUAAUCCAGACCUUGUACGAAGUAGUCCAACUCCAACAUCAACAGCUUUGAAACCUGAAACUGCUUCUGCAAAAAAUGAAAGCUCUUCUAGUAAGCCUGCUGAGGAUAAACCUGUUGCAGCAGAUGUUAUAAAGUCCAGUGACAUAAUGAGUAAAUCUUACACACAAAUUUCAAAAUCGGAUAUUCCGAAUCGUAAGAUAAGUGAGAGUAAACUCCCCACUUCUACUAUCCCUACUACUGGUAUUAAAAUGCCAACAAAUCCUUCAGAAAUCCCACAGACAGCUGCACUUAGAGAUGUAAAAGCGGCUGCACAGAAGUUGGAUUCUGAAAAUACAUCAAGUAAACCUAAAGAUACAUCUCAAAAAUUACCAAAAACAUCUGUAUCAGCAGCUACUCCAAGUGGUACUGGUAAGUACUCCCCAGACACAGAGUUGGAAUUGUCAAAUCUACGUGCUGAAGUAAUCACCUUUCAUGAACAAAUUGAUGCUUUAAAAGCUAAACGGGAAGAAGAUAAAAAUAAAGUACAAGAAUUAGAACGUGUUAAAAUUCAACUAUCACAAGUCGAAGAGAAUCGACGUCUAAUGCGAGAACAAGCAGCUGAAUUACAACGUGAAAUUGCUCAAUUAAAAACAGAAAAAGCUGAAGUCAAAGAAGCAUUUGAUCGUUAUCGUGAAGAAGUAUCUGAAAUGGUUGAAAAUAUAGAAAUGGCUACUUUGGAUAAAGAAAUGGCAGAAGAAAAACUAGAGUCAUUGACUGCAGAAAUUGAAUUACUUAAGGAACAAGUAGAAGAGCUAACUCUAGAGAAUCAAAUCUUGAAAGAAGAAUCUGAAGAAAAAGGUGGAGUAGCAGUCGGUGUUGAAGGUGGUCCAACUCCCUUACAGUUUAAAAAUCUUGAACAACAAAAUGAACGAAUGAAAGAAGCACUGGUCAAGCUACGUGAUUUAGUUAAUCAAGAUAAAUCGGAAAUUUCAGCUUUAACUAAACAGAUUACAGCUUUAGAAUCGGAGGUUAGUCAACUUCAAACAGAAAAAGAACGAUUAACAAAAGAUUUAAAAGACAGCGUUGAACAAAUUAUUGAAUUAAAAGAACAAGUGGAUGCUUCCCUCGGCAUUGAUACAAUGUUCAGUCAGUUGACACAACGUAAUUUAGAACUGGAAGAAUUGCUUGAGAAAACUAAAGAAGAAAGAAAUGAUCUGGAAAUUCUUUGUGAAAUGAAUGAUGAAUUACAAGAGAAUAGCCGUGAAACAGAACUUGAACUACGUGAAGAAAUUGAACGAGCCAAUAGUCAAAUUAAUCAACUUGUACGUCAUCUGGAUGCAACACGUGAAACAAUUUCAGACUAUGAACAAACUCUUGGUAAAUUUAGAGAUUUAGUCUCUGAUUUACAAACACAAAAUACUGAACUACGUAGAUCGUUAGCGGAUGGAAAACGCUUGCAAGAAGAACAACAACAGCAACAAAAUGCCUAUCCUACAGUUCAAACAGAUCUUGUCGGUGCUACAACUGCAUUUAUGGGGGGUAAAUUCGGAUUAGGCUCUCAAGUACAAACUCUUGCUAAAGUGAUUGAAGCUGAAUUAAGACGCCUUGAAGCCGAACAAACUGCAAAUCAUGUGACUCGGUUAUCUGCUUUCUUACCUGACUCAUUUCUGCGACGUGGUGGUGAUAAUGAGGCAUUACUUUCACUUUUAUUAAUCGAUCGUUUAGCUGGAAAAUGCGAUCUGCUGGCUAAUCAUCUUGUUGAACGUUAUCCAUUGCCUCCUUGUGUUCCGGGUCAAGCACCACUACAGAUGCCUCAAGGUGAAACCAGUACUAAUACUACUGAUAAUCCAACUGAAAUUGUCAGCGGAAUUUGUAUUCCUGGUACUGAUAAUCCACUGCCACCACUGACUAAAACAAAAUCAGAAUUCUAUAGUUUUAUAACGAGACUCAUUCAUCUACUCCGGUCAAUGGCUGCUUUGUUAGGCCAGUGUAAACAGGUCCUUUCAGGUUGUAGUGUUGAACUAUAUUUGAAAUUCGGUUCUUUAUACAAUGAAAUGAUUACACAUGAACAUUGUAUUGAUCGAUUAAUUGAACAGACAAAGAAUGAUCAGUUAGAUGAGACAAUUUCAUUGGAACCAUUAUUUUUAUCAUACAAUUACUUUAUUCAAUUAUAUACAGUCCAUUUGAAAACAGAACCAUUAUUUAAUUGUAACAAUAAACUGUUAGAUUUCACGCGAACAAUUCUAUCCGCUGUUGAUGCCUUAUCUGUUGAUUCAACUGCCUUAAUGAUAUUGACUGGGCAGAAUGUUAAUUGUUUAUCACAAGUGGCUAAAACAGCUGCCACUUGUGUAUCUGGACCAUUGAGUAUGGGUAAUAUGGAUAAUGUUGAAUCAUUACUGUUAAGCACUCCCACGGAAGGCGGUUUAAUUGGCCUCCUCAGCGAAUUAAUUCAUUUCUCUACAACUGUACGUGUUGUUACGCGUCGAAUAAAACGAAGAAUCCCAAAUAAGCCUACAAGUCAACCGUUAUCAUUUAACCAAGAUGUUUCACAGAAAUUAGAUUCCGCUAUACAUCUGUUAGGAUCAGUUGUUGGCGCUAUGUAUCAAACAACUCGUUUAGCUGGUCAGUUAACUGUUCGACAAGUUGAAGAUACAGCCAAUUUAGACCCCGGUGUUGUUUUCGCUCAAUGUUUAUCAGAAGCUUGUAAAGAAUAUUUAACACCAGAUGCAUCCAAUACUCGUUCCAGUACCAUUGCACCAGAUAUACCAGUUCGUAAUAAUCUAACUCAAGUUGCUCGUAUUAUCAGUCAAAUCGCGUUAGCAAUGGAGAAUGGAGAAUAUGACUUUGAUGGAACAAAACCAACAGCUCCUCAAGAACCAGUCUCCGCUCGUGCUGUUGCCUACAAACGUGCUCAAGCUGAACUAGAAGGAUGUCGUUCUAAGUUAGAAUCUAAAGCUGAAGAAGUACGAGAAUUACAAAAAGCACUGAAAGCACGUGCUGAAGAACUCAGUGAAAUGUCUGUACGUGUUGGUUUAGCAGAGAAGAAAUUAGAAACAUCUGGUAAAGGUAAUGAAGAGAAAAUAGCUCGUUUAGAACAACGCUUAGAACAAACAGAAGCUCAAUUAAAACGAAGUGAAAAGGAAUAUGAACAAACCCUUGAUGCACUUCAAGCAGAUAUUGAAGCUUUAGAGCAGGAGAAAGCAGAACUUAAAGAGAAACUGAAGACUUUAAGUAAAAAAGCCUUAUUUGAAGGAAUCAUUAAAACUCCACUGAUAACAGGUCAAACUCCACCUAAGAGUCAGACUGCUGCACCCGCAACUCCUUCUGUUGAGUCUGCAUCACCUUCACCUGGUCCUGCACGUCUAGCUGCUUACAGAGAUGCUUCAUUCAUGUCAUUGGAGAUUGAAGGUCUUCGUGAAGCUGUCCGGCGUUUGUCUUCUGAAGUAUCUAGGCUACGUGGUGAAAAAAUGCUUGAUCAAAUGAAAAGUCUUGGAAGUCUAAAGAAACCAAUACGUCGUCAAUAUCUCAAAGCUAUUGAUAACACCUCAAAGGAUGAAUCUAAACCAUCCACCACAGAAAAAGAAGAAGAAGAAAAAGAACAAAAGCCUAUGAUAUCACAGGUGGCACGUGAUGCUUAUGCACUUCAACAACAAAUGCUUUCUGUUCUAGCUAAUCCUCAAGUAGUUCGACUGUCAAAACCAUCGAAACCAAUUGAAGAGCCUGCUUCAGGCGCUGGUGAUGGAUCCACACAACAACAACAACAGUCGGCUAAAGUCAUUGGGCCUACAGCUACAAUUCAAUUCAAUAGACAGACAGCACAAUUAGUGAAAUUGAGAAGUGAUUUAGAAAAGUUACAACAACGUGCAUUUGAAGCUAUCAAGACAGAAAUUCCCAAUGCAUCAAUUCAAGCCGAUUUUACAUCCUUCCCAUCUGUGAAAUUAAAACAUUUAUUUAAUACUGAAAACAAUGAAAAUCUGCCUAUACGUUAUCGUUUAUUAUUCCCUGGUGGAAAUGAUUCUAAAAUGAAUCCAACAAAAGUUUGCAUGACUAGAGAAGAUCUACACAUUCUACAUUCACAUUUACUUACAGUAUAA